AACUGCUCCACACUUUAUAAAUCAUCAUUAACUGUAAAAAAUUCCGCCGGGAAGAAAAGUCUUGCAUCUUCUUAAGCUUAAGCUUCACCAACCCUACCCAACAAGAUAAGAAAGCUUCUUCUUCUCUCAUCGGAAAGAUUCGACUCGUCUCUUCUCCUCUCCUCUUCUGUUGAUUUUUUUUUUGAAAAAAGUUCUUGUAAGAGAAAAGCGCAAUGAGCUGCUUUGGCUGUUUUGGUGGUGGUGAGGAUUUUCGUAGGGUUUCCGAAACCGGACCAAAGCCAUUCCACAACCGAGACGGUAUCAAUGCUCACCAUCAUAAGGCAGAUCCACCAAAGAACUCACCAGUCAUUCAGAUGCAGCCUAUCUCUGUUCCCGCCAUUCCAGCUGACGAACUAAAGGACAUAACCGAUAACUACGGGUCAAAGUCCUUGAUUGGCGAGGGCUCUUAUGGAAGAGUGUUUUACGGUGUUCUCAAAACCGGAAACGCAGCUGCCAUCAAGAAGCUUGAUUCAAGUAAGCAACCUGAUCAAGAGUUUCUCGCGCAGGUAUCAAUGGUUUCGAGAUUGCGUCAAGACAAUGUCGUUGCGCUUCUGGGGUACUGCGUUGAUGGACCGCUCCGUGUUCUUGCUUAUGAAUUUGCCUCUAAUGGAUCUCUUCAUGAUAUUCUCCACGGUAGAAAAGGUGUGAAAGGAGCGCAGCCAGGUCCUGUCCUGUCGUGGAACCAGAGAGUUAAGAUCGCUGUUGGUGCGGCUAGAGGGCUGGAGUACUUGCACGAGAAGGCAAACACUCAUGUUAUCCACAGAGACAUCAAGUCUAGCAAUGUGCUUUUGUUUGAUGAUGAUGUCGCUAAGAUUGCUGAUUUCGAUCUGUCUAAUCAAGCCCCUGACAUGGCUGCACGCCUUCAUUCAACUCGUGUGCUGGGAACCUUUGGCUAUCAUGCUCCAGAGUAUGCAAUGACAGGAACAUUGAGCACGAAGAGUGAUGAUAUCUAUAGUUUUGGGGUUGUUCUGGUAGAGCUCCUCACAGGUCGUAAACCAGUUGAUAAUACCUUACCACGUGGACAGCAAUGUCUCGUGACAUGGGUAAUGCUUAAUGCACCUCUGCUUCCUUUUUCUAAUUUUACUCAUACAAGUUAGAGAAUGUUGUAGGAAGAACAAACUCUUAGAUUGUGAGAGAGUAGAUACUCAAAACUUUCUCUAGAAACAUAAACCAUUAUUAAAUGAAAACAUGUUCGUGUGGUCUCAGGCAACCCCUAAGCUGAGUGAAGACAAGGUGAAGCAGUGCGUUGAUGCAAGACUAAACGGUGAAUUCCCAAAGCUUGUUGCCAAGGUAACUUUCCUCCAUAACCUUUGUCUUAAGUACUAUCACCGCUUUAGUCGAGAAGGCUUACCUUAGGGCUUAGGACAUGACUUAGAAACUGCUUCUCCAUUGGUUGCAUCCCCCUAAUGAGAUAUAAGACAUCUACUAUAGAACCUAAGUAUUGAUGUGUGAUUCUUUGAGUCUGAUUAUGGUUUUCUCUCUUAUGGCAGCUGGCUGCAGUAGCUGUGCUAUGUGUGCAAUACGAGGCAGACUUCAGGCCAAACAUGAGCAUAGUGGUGAAGGCUCUUCAGCCUCUGCUCAAUCCUCCUCUCUCUGCUCCUCAAACUCCUAACAGGAACAACACUUAUUGAUUGAUAUCCUCACAAACACGCUUCACCAUCCACUAUUUCAUCUGUUUUUGUUUGAAUCCAAUUUGUGUAAAUUCGUGCAAAAUAGGCUUUUUUUAUUUAUUUCUAAUAAAAAAAGCCCCAACUCCAAUGUUGCUCUAUUUUCUCUUUUUAUGGUAUUUCAUGCAUGGGAUGUAAGUUUCUCCUAAUUUUACAAUAUACAGCAAUAUUGUGUUUGUACCAUUUUGUAAAACUGAGAAAGAUGUAUCAUCUUGCUAUUUUAAUGUAGAAUAAUGUCUUGCAAGUCAUGGAGAAAAUCGAUUUUUAAAGUUGAUGUUGUAAUAAAGUAUAAAGGUAGAAGAAACCAUACAAUUUGUAAAUAUCUGCGACUGUAACUGUGUCUGAAGGUAGUGAAAGAAAGCUAUACAAAAGAUCUCUCCUCCUCCAGACAAGAGAAACAUAUCUUGUUUUCCUCUCUACAUGUAUAAUUAAAACAUAGAAAAGUAAAGAAUCUAAACAAC